GUCAGGACCUAGGUUUUAAGUCUCAUCCGAAGGACGGCGCCUUUUUACAGUCUACUGUUCCUGGGUGGAAGAAGAUCAAUGAGCCUUCUGACCUUCUAGGAGCAGAUUCUCUCCCUGUGCUUCUGGUUCCUCCCUCUUCCCAAACAGAAGAGGCACAGUUUGGGAUGAAAUGGGUGUCACACCUGAACGGAGGCAGUGCAGUUGUGUGCUCUGAGCCAAACCUGAUCUGGGAUUGACUCUGGCAGCUCAGUGAGGACAAACAGCUCUCUCUAAUGCAGGGCAGGGAAAAUGUCCCCCAGUCUCUAGAGACCUGCUGCCUUCUGCGACCUGCUGCCUGAAAUCUACAGCAAAGCCAGCUUACGUACAAUUAUGUCUUGCAAUUCCAUGAGCACAGUGUACAAAUUGCAGUUAAUUCCUUCUGAAGAUAUGGGCAUGAGCAUGACAAUAAAUCCAGAAGAACUCUGAGGCAUUGAAAGUGUCAAUCUGAGAGCGGUCUCUGGCUCUGACCCUGGGGAGCCCCAGUCCAGCUAUUGUCAUAGGGCCCCCGAAGCUGCCUGUCAUUUAAAGAGAAGGAGCACUUGUUCAAGCAAGUGCUCUAUUGAGACAGUGGUAAUUCAGUGAGGGGAACGCUGGUUCUGGAGGUGGAGGAUGGUGUGAUUCUUGCUCCCAGGGAUAUCCUCAUGUCUUAAUUGAACACUCCACCUGUGUAAGUGAUCACAGGUUAACUGUUCCAGGCCUUUGGGAAGUGAUGACUUAUUAGUAUUGAAUGUGUCUCUCUACUCUUGCAGGUUUCAAGGUCUUGGUGAAAAUUGGUUUCGUAGCAAUAGAAGGUGAAUCUCACCUUCUGAGAAGGGGAAUGACCAGAGAGGAGUAGGAAGAAGCACUGCACUGCUGGACAGGCCAGGAUCCUCACUGACAAGGACAGGACACACACCUCAGUCCCCAUUGACAAGGAUAGGAAACACAGUUCUGUCUCCAUUGCCAAGGACAGGACACACAGCUCAGUCUUCAUUGCCAAGGACAGGACACACAGCUCAGUCCCCACUGACAAAGACAGGACACACAGCUCAGUCUCAAUUGAAUAGGACAGUACACACACCUCAGUCCUCAUUGACAAGGACAGGACAGACACUUCAACACUCAAUCCUUAAAAUGGACAGCUUGAACUUCUCCAAUACCACCGAAGGAAACUCUACGGAUGAUAACAAAUUAUUGAAAAUGAAGACCUUCCAUCUGGUGAUCUACAGCUGCUUCUUUGUUGUCGUCCUGCCCAUCAAUUUCCUGGCUCUUUAUGGACUGUUCCGCCUGAUCAAGACCGAUUUCCCCCUCCCCGUCUACAUCAUCAACCUGCUCCUGUCGGACGUGACCCGGAUUGCCAUCCUGCCCCUGUUUAUUGACUCCACCAGCAACGACUAUGAGUGCCCCAGUCAUUGCGGUGCGGGCAUCAUGACAUACACCCUCUGCGUGGUGGCAGGAGUGGGAUUCCUGCUGUGCAUCUCCGUCGAGAGAGCCGUGGGGAGAGCAGUCUCUGUCCCAGAGGAGGAGAAGACAAGGAUUCGGCGCUUGAUGAUCCUCCUCCUGGGAAUAUUCACCGGCAUGUACGGGCCGAUUUUCUUUUGCUACUCCUAUUUUUCUGCGGCGGCAGGUGAGGAUGCCGCUUACUCCAAUGUGCUGGAAGUCUGUCUGCUUACAGCCUGGGCCAUCAUGAACCUGAGCCCUCUGGUUGACCCGAUUCUCUAUAUUUUCCUCCGGAGGGACGUCAGAGACGCGCUGGGCUGCCUGUCCCUCUGUCUGAGACCGGCCGACUGCCGGCGGCCACCGCCCGCCCGUCAGGGAGCAGGAGCAUGGGUCUCGUAGCCGGUCUUAGACAGCACACACCUCCUCUGGGAAGGGGUCUCCCUUAUUUCAUUGUCAAAGAAUUCUGCCGAAAAUGUCCGUCACCUGACCCAUUUUUCAUUUUAGUCGAAGACGAGACGCCCGCGAGAACAAUUCAUAAUGGCGAGGCUGAAUUGCUGUGCGUGUUUUGCCUGAGUGAAUUAAGAGGAGAGGAAAUGACCCGUUGGACUGAAACUGAUGCUGAAGUGAAUAUCGUCACACAAGGUUCACCACUUGCGCAUUUACCCUCUGUCUGGGAAACAGCAGGCUGGCUGUAAGGAGUUGGACCCCAAGGCUACUCCUGAGUCACAUUUGCAAGUAUUGGGGUGUAC